GGAGGGUCCCUUUAAGUCGGCUAGGUGUUUUGUGCUCAUUAGAUUAGUAUACCCAUCGGCACGCUACCCACCGCGUGGCUACCAAAUGGCGAGCAUUCACCACUGAAGCCUGAACCACUCAAGUAAACGGCCCCACCGUAGAUGUACAUGUAGAAUGACAGUAGCCCGGGUGGCAGACGGGAUAACGGCACAAGGAAGACGUCCCAGCCAACCACUUGUCAUAUGUAGAGUAAAGUAGCUGAUAAAGGGGGAGAUAGCGACAGAUCCACACCACAGGACCGGGCUCGAGUCUCCACCCCUACAUUAGAGGGGGGUGUUCAAACACCCCCCGGCCCCCUCCCCCCAGCUGGGCGUGGAAAUCCAGGACGCCCAGCGGGAUGCGGUUUAAAAGUCCGUUUCUGAGCAUUUUGCAGCACGGGAGAGUCUAAAGCAAGAUUCUUACAGUCUAAAGUCCAAAUGCCCGAUUCAAUGGUAUUUCAAUUUGUUUGUAAUUUUCUGUUGGAAUUAGUACGUCUGCGCUAACGCUUACAACCAUGACGCGCGUGCGACGUUUACGAAUUAUCACUAGCGCACGUGCGCAAAGAUCACAACAGUGAACGGGAAAUGGAAAUAGGUACCUAGUUCAUUGGAUCAAGUGAAUAAAAGUUAGCCGAGAUCUUAAAGGCCGAGAUAAACAAGUAUAUAAUCAAGGCACCCUUUGAGACACCAUUAAAUCGUGCACCUUAGGAGUGAAGUCCAAAGGUGCCUGGUGCAGACUGCAAGGGUUACUAAGGGGGACUGUGAACUGUGAAGUCAAGUGGGGUUUGAAUGUCAAUGUAAGAGCAAAGCUGAAGUAUUUUAUCCCAUUUUGCUAAAGCAAAGGAUAAGGUAACUCAACAGCAUUACCAUGGGUAAGACAGUGAAGCAGCGCAAGAAGAAGCAGUACAUGUACAACGUCAACCGGCGGAAGGUGCAGCAGAAGAGGAAAAAGAAGCUGGAGCCCAGGAUCCCCUGCGAGGCUAUCCGAGAGGCCUGGGACAGCAGAAAACACACCAAGGCUAACCUCGAGAGCAUGGGACUCGCCUUCAAGGUGAACGCGGUACUGCCUGUACCACCCACGGCCUCCUCCGACCAACCCUCCACGGCCCGUCGGCGGCCGGUCACCCGACCCGAGGUCGUCUCCAAACUCGAGGCAGAGGCCAACCGGCCGCGGGAGAGGAAAGUCCGUCUUCCCACCGCUCAGGUCCGCCUCGUGGAACAUUUUCUGGACAAAUUCGGUGAUGAUUUUGUCCGCAUGGCGCGGUCAGAGAGGAAUCACUACCAGUUGACGCCGAAACAGAUCAGACGGCUCGUGACGAGGUUUUGGGAUAUACCCGAACACUAUACGCCGUAUAUGAAGAGGAAAGGCAUGUUGGAAAAGCCGACAGUGCCUGAGGGGGAUGAGGAUUGAUGUCAGGGAAGGGGAGGAGGGUUUGUGGGGGGAGGGGGACAGUGAUGUUUGGCUAGGGAGGUGAGGUGAGGCGCGUUAGUAGGGUCGUGGAAAUGGUGCCACUGACUUGUGGAAUGGAGGAUGCGUCUAGUUUGAUUGGAGGCACCGACCAUAUUCAUCAAAUAAUUACAUAACGUUUGAAAACGAUGCAUGUGGUCUUUAGUGAGCUUUCCUGCCGCCAAAUGCUGUUUGUGAACAAUCCGACAUCACAUUGGACGUAGACCUCUAUAUGCCUUGGAAAAUAAAUUCAUCAUUUAUUCUGUUUGGGAUCAAAUGUCCAUUAGAAGCUUGCAAAAUAGAACUGAAAGCUCACCUAUCUGUGACAGCCAUCGUAAAGGGCACGGGACAGCGGUGCUCGGCACGUAAGACUGAUCGCUGAUCGGUCGGUGUAUCGGUAGUGUGCGUGCCGUUUACCGGGACGUGCUAGUGCGACCUGCCAGUUGUCACCAACUCUGUCGUACUUCCAUGGUGUUUACAUAGUCGUAGUGUGCUACGUGCGCCGCAAUACACGUCAACAGAUAAUAA